GUCGAUGCCACAAUCGCUGACUAUAAAAACACCAGCUAAAACAACAACAACCCCCAGUACUUCACAUCAAGAGCCCACUCAGACCUGAACUUCGACUAACUCAUUACCAGGAACAGCAGAUAUCUGGUGAUAAGAUGACGCAAAACCAGGCCAUAAGUGCACUCGUCUGCCUGCUUCUAUUAGCCUCACCAGUUAAAUCCGGUGAGCCUUGGCUGGAUCAUUUUGAGGACACCAGAGAGGAGUCACCGCUCGAUGAUGAUGCAAUCAUGGAAAGACGUUGGCAACUUGGCUAUGAGAACUAUCGACUUCGCUGCGAGAAAUUCGAGAUGGAGGCCAAUCAAAGCUCGGCCGUGAGAACUCGAAUAGCUGGCGGAGAAUUGGCCACGCGCGGCAUGUUUCCGUAUCAAGUGGGUCUGGUGAUUCAGCUGAGUGGCGCAGAUCUGGUCAAGUGCGGUGGUUCCCUUAUCACUCCGCAGUUUGUUUUGACUGCAGCCCACUGCCUGACCGAUGCCAUAGCUGCCACGAUCUACACGGGUGCCAUCACAUUUGCCGAUUCGGAUGACUCCGUGGAGGUGAUACAAGUCACGCAUAGGGACUUCUUAGUUUAUCCCGAUUACUUGGGCUUUGGGGGAUACAAUGACUUGGCUUUGAUACGGCUGCCCAGAGAAGUGCGAACCUCGGAACAAGUGCAACCCAUUGAACUGGCUGGGGAGUUCAUGCAUCAGAACUUUCUGGUUGGCCAAGUGGUGACCCUAUCUGGCUGGGGUUACUUGGGAGAUUCAACAGACAAAAGGACUCGACUGCUACAGUACUUGGAUGCGGAGGUGAUCGAUCAGGAGCGCUGCAUCUGCUACUUCCUGCCAGGAUUGGUGAGCCAGCGCCGUCACCUGUGCACCGAUGGCAGCAAUGGACGAGGUGCCUGCAAUGGCGACUCCGGUGGCCCCGUGGUGCUCCACUGGCGCAAUGUCAGCUACCUGAUUGGGGUCACCUCGUUCGGCAGUGCGGAAGGUUGCGAGGUGGGGGGGCCCACUGUCUACACCAGGAUAACCGCAUAUUUGCCAUGGAUCCGACAGCAAACGGCAAUGACCAACUAAAUGCAAUUAACGCCUAAUUGCCACCCAUUAAUUGCUAAACAAUAUAGUCGCUGCAGACAAUAAAACCCAUUUCAGCAAUGAAACCAGGAAAAGCAGGUUCAUCU